CCCGCCGCCGCCGUCCACCCGUGCGUCCGUCAGUCGGUCCGCGCUCGCGAGUCGCCGGCGCGCCGGGCGCCCCUGGGCUUUUAUAAGUAUUUGACUUGACUCAAAAUGUGCAUAGAGGAAUAAUGGAAGCGCCUGAAUACCUUGACUUGGAUGAGAUUGACUUCAGUGACGAUAUAUCCGAUAAUAGCUAUCAAGGGAACAGAAUACAAAGGCAUGGGUUGGGGGCAAGGGACAGGGAAGACACAUUGAGCUUUGGUUCUGGUAGGGCCAAAAUGACAGUAGUUGUUGCCCAGGGAGUAGUUGGCCGUUGUCCGGGGAAUGAGUACUCAGUCACGUCACUGAAGACCAUCCCGGAACUGUGCCGAAGAUGUGACUCACAGAGCGAAGACAGAUCAGUUUCGAGCUCUGGCUGGAAUUGCAGCGUGUCAGCCCUCAUUACAAACACGCAGAAACCCACGGGAAUCGCCGACGUGUACAGUAAGUUCCGUCCCGUGAAGCGAGUUUCCCCGCUAAAGCACCAGCCAGAGACUCUGGAGAACAAUGAAAGCGAUGACCAGAAGAACCAGAAGGUGGAGUACCAGAAAGGGGGUGAUUCCGACCCAGGUCCCCAACCCGAAGAGCUCAGCCCUGGAGAUGGAGACAGCGGUCCCCAAAGUAAGAGCACCGAGCCCAGCACCUUGCUGGGGGAACUGGAGCACUAUGACCUUGACAUGGAUGAGAUUCUGGAUGUGCCUUACAUUAAAUCCAGUCAACAGCUUGCCUCUUACACCAAGGUGACUCCAGAGAAGAGAAUUUUGGGUUUGUGCACCACCAUCAAUGGCCUUUCUGGCAAAGCCUGCUCUCCCGGCAGUGCUGAGAGUUCUCCAGCCAACACGACCCCGUUCUGUGUUCUUUCACCUGUGAAAAGCCCUCAGCUGAGAAAAACAUCGUCCGUCGCCCGCGACCAGCAAAAGCUCUCUGCUGAAGAGUCUGAGAACUCAACUGCACUGGUGAAGUGUGGCUCCGCCUACGAGCCCGAGAACCAGAAUAAGGACUUCCUCAACAAGACCUUUAAUGAUGCUCCGGGUCGAAAACGCGAGAAGGCAGUGCCAGACUGUCAGCUCAGGGCCUUCCAUCUGCAGUCCGCAGCCACGGAGCCAAAACUAGAAGAGCCCAUCGGGAGUGGGAACUGGACCAGCUCCCAGGGCCCAGAAGAAAAGAGUGAGCAUCUGAAAAAAGCGAAAAGCAUCUUGAACAUUGUUAAGGAAGGACAGAUCUCUCUCCUGCCACACCUCGCUGCCGACAACCUAGACAAAAUUCACGACGAAAAUGGCAAUAAUCUCUUACAUGUGGCCGCGUCGCAGGGACACGCCGAGUGUCUGCAGCACCUCACCUCUUUGAUGGGAGAAGACUGCCUCAGUGAGCGAAAUGCAGAGAAGCUGACUCCAGCAGGCCUGGCCAUCAAGAAUGGUCAGUUGGAGUGCGUCCGUUGGAUGGUGAGUGAAACAGAAGCCAUUGCAGAGCUGAGUUGUUCGAAGGAUUUCCCAAGCCUUAUUCAUUAUGCGGGUUGCUUUGGCCAGGAAAAAAUUCUUCUUUGGCUUCUUCAGUUUAUGCAAGAACAGGGCAUCUCCCUGGAUGAAGUGGACCAAGAUGGUAACAGCGCCGUCCACGUAGCCUCCCAGCAUGGCUUCCUCGGGUGCAUCCAGACAUUGGUUGAAUAUGGAGCAAAUGUCACCAUGCAGAACCACGCAGGGGAAAAGCCGUCCCAGAGCGCCGAGCGCCAUGGGCACACGCUGUGCUCCCGAUACCUGGUGGUGGUGGAGACCUGCAUGUCGCUGGCGUCUCAGGUGGUGAAGCUAACCAAACAGCUGAAGGAACAGACAAUGGAACGCGUCACAUUGCAAAACCAGCUCCAGCAACUUCUAGAAGCCCAGAAAUCAGAGUCACUCCUUUCUUCACCCAGUUCACCAUCCUCCCCGGCUUCCAGAAGGUCCCAGUGGAAAUCUCCAGAUGCAGAUGAUGAGUCUGUAGCCAAAAGCAAACCUGGAGUCCAAGAGGGGAUUCAGGUUCUCGGAAGCCUGUCAGCAUCCAGCCGGGCCAGGGUCAAAGCAAAAGACGAAGAUUCUGACAAAAUCCUACGCCAGUUACUGGGAAAGGAUAUCUCAGAGAGCGUCUGCACCCAGGAAAAGCUGUCCUUGGAAUUCCAAGAUUCCCAGGCUUCCUCUAGAAACUCCAAGAAGAUCCCUGUGGAGAAGAGGGAACUGAAGUUAGCUCGGCUGAGGCAGCUGAUGCAGCGGUCCCUGAGUGAGUCCGACACCGAUUCCAAUACCUCUGAGGACCCCAAGAGCACACCUGUAAGGAAGGCCGACAGGCCCCGGCCGCAGCCCAUCGUGGGAGGUAUGGAGAGUGUGGACAGCGCAGAAAGCUUACACCUGAUGAUAAAGAAACACACCUUGACAUCAGGACGUAGGUUUCCUUUUGGCAUCAAGGCCUCCAAAUCUCUGGAUGGCCAUAGCCCAUCCCCCACUUCAGAGAGCAGCGAACCUGACUUGGAAUCCCAAUGUCCCGGUUCAGGGACCACUCCCCCAAGCCAGCCAUCUGGAGACCCCACUCAGCCUAGCCCUGACAGUACCGUUGCCCAGAAAAUGGCUAUGAGCCCCAAGAGUGCCCUCAAGUCUCCAUCUUCCAAGCGCCGGACCUCCCAGAACUUGAAACUCAGAGUUACCUUUGAGGAGCCUGUGGUACAGAUGGAACAAAGUAGCCUUGAGCUAAAUGGAGAAAAGGAGAGAGAUAAAGGCAGGACCCUUCAGAGGGCCUCCAUGAGUAGUGAAUCGGGGGACCAACUGAAAAGGCCUUUUGGAACCUUCCGGUCUAUCAUGGAGACACUCAGCGGCAACCAGAACAAUAAUAAUAACUACCAGGCAGCCAACCAGCUGAAGACGUCCACGCUGCCCUUAACCUCACUUGGCAGGAAGACAACAGAUGCCAAGGGAAAUCCCAUUAACUCUGCUAGCAAAGGAAAGAAUAAGGCGGAGAUGUACGGCAGCUGCAUCACCCUUUCUUCUAACACGCUGACCGAAGAGCCUCAGCGUAACCGCGCACGGCAUAAUGACAUCAAUAGAAAAAUGAAGAAAUCCUACAGCAUAAAGCACAAUGCUGAGCCAGAGUCAAAAGAACUCUUCUUGUAAAUCGUUUUUUUCUUCUCUCUCAUUGCUGCCCUUUGGACACUAUUGGAAAUUUCUGGACUAUCCACUGUGGAAAUAGAAUCAUGAGAAAAAUGCCUCACCAGCAGAAGAACAAUAUCAGGAUGCCUUAAAUUUAUAGUGGUAGACUAUAUAAUACACAUUUUGGGGUGAUAUUUGUAUAUAUAACUUGUUUCUCAAGAGAUGCCAUUUAAAAGCAUGAUUGGGCCAAUGUAUGUUUUUUAAGAUUGGAUUGGUACGUCCACCAAGCCACUGGCCCCAUCUUGUCUUUCAUCAGUUGCAUGAGUGUUUGCUAAUGUUGACUGAACUUUCCUUUCCUAGUAAAAUGGGCAGUGUGGGCUCAGCUCCUCAAUGAGACCAGGUCAGUGGUAUUGUUUUCUGUCAAGGGUGGUUUUUUUUUUUUUUCUGUCAUUUCUACUUUUUGUAUAAAGGAAAUAAAACAAUGUUAACAGCACCUAGAAGCUUGGGGCACCUAUUUUGUAAUAAGCCUGUGAUGUUCUGCUUUCUAAGGGACCUUGAGAGUAUUUUGAUUGCUGAUAUUUUAUUUCAGGAACAAACUGCCUGUUUUAGCUAUUUUCCCAUAGGGGUGAAAUAAAACAUUCUAGUUUUCAUUAAGUACUAAAGGAUCAGACAAGUAUAUAAAGUAAGUCAAUUCCUUCUGUCUUCUCAAAUCCCAGCGUUGACAUGGGAAAAUACUAAUGACAGCUAAGGAUUCAGCCCCUGCUUGGGUCACUUUUUCUGUCUAGAACACAUUAUGAGACCUGUCUAAUCCCUUUAGGAGACAGUGUGGAGCCUGAGUUUAUAACAACCCUAUUGUUGAUACAGCUCUUUCAGUCCAUGUAAGCAGUAAGUUCCAGAUGGUUUCGUCCUAUCAUGUAAAAAUAUAUUUCUGCUGCAACUUCAAGAGUUUUAUUUUCAAAGUGUUGGCAUGGCCCAUAAGAGGCCUGUCAAAUUUUAGUCUGGAAGUUGAGUGUGUGCUUCCCAGUAGGAGGGAGCCCUAUAUGUUAUUCACAGUUACGAGCAGUGUUCCAGCCAUCAAAUAUGGGCCAUUCUGUAUCUUGGUUGACACAAGAGGCCAAGGUACUAAGUUAGGAGGUAAUCUUAGAUAUCUGGGUAACAAACCUGGCCUGACAAACUUGGGCUUGACAAGAUGCAAUGAGGUAUAGAAGAAGGACCUUUUAGGUACCAGUCACACUUACAUAGUUAUAUUCCUACAACCAAUUUAUAGCUUAGCAAAUUAAAGUUCAGAAAGCUUUCAGUCCUACGUCCAAAGUAAUACAACUUGUAAACAGCAGACUUGGCUCUGGCCCAGCUUUGCUCAUUAUUCCCACUGGACUAGUACACAGGGAUCCUGAGUUGUGUUGGCUCUACUUCUGGAUGGGUCUUGGGGAAGAAACACUGCAUCCUCAAUCAACCUGGAAAAGGGCAAGACUGGCCUGCAUGCACAUCUAGGAGGUGAGUUCCUUCCGACCUACAGAGCAACAUGUCUAGGAAUUCAACCAAAUAGUUCUGUUGUUGCUUGGGUCCUCUGAGUUCUUAUCAUUAUAGCCUAGUGUCCUUCAUAGCUCUGAGUUGCUCAUGUGGUUUUUUUCCUCAAAUGAGAGUCCCUAUUCUGAUUUUGGCCCCUUGGCCUCAGGGAUCCUCUCUGCUUCUUCACAUUUUAUUGCAGGGUCCUAGGUUUGCAAUUCCAAUAUAGAAUAUAUGGCCAGCACAUGUGGAGAUUCUCGUGAUUUCUGCUUGGUACACAUGAGCCAAGUUUUGGAUUUCAUUCUAGAAUGGGGCUUGCAAGGGAAAGGGACCCAGAGAGUUCUCUUUCUGUUCCCCAGAAGCCCCAGCUUUGUUCUUAGACAGACUGGGUUUUUAAACUUAAAAGUUGAAGGGGGGAACAUUCUGUAGAGAUUUUUAUGAGCCAGACACAGAGUUCCCAAUUAAAUGUAGCAGAGAAAACCAAGAGUUUGAAAACAAGAGAUGCUACCUUGACCAAGAAAACUGGCAAUUCAAUUGUUUAUGGACACAAGCACUUCAGACACCAGAGUAUUAAACCGUGAAGACCAAAGAUUAAAUUUAAAAAAAAGGCAAAAUAGGAAAAUCAAGUAGAUUCAGAUGAGCCAAACUGCCGACAUAAUGCAUUCUGUGUUUAUUGAUGUUGUUAGCACACUAAAAAUGCUGAUCCUUAAAUCACACAUGUAUACCAUCUUUACCAUCCAAGUUCUUUAUGAAAUGGAUAAAUUACGCUUGCUUGAAAUAAAUAGAAAUGAUGUGUUCCUUACCACAAGCUCAGUUGUGUGCAGAAUUUAUAAAAUG